UAAAAAAUUUUUAUUAUAAGCUAAAAAUGGAUGACAAUAAUAUUAUUAGACGUGUCAUGCUAUGAACAUGAACUUACGAUGCUUGCCUUGCCAACUCUAUCCUCCGCGGUCUUCGUCAUCAUAGCAACCACGCCAAGGGGGACUCGAAGCCAAAUCGAACCCUUCUCUUCGCGGCCUAAGAAACAGGAAGAAGAAAGGCGUGACAAAAUCAUUCCUUUUUUCGUUUUCAUCCCCCUCGAUCUCGAAUCGGACCGACGAGUUCUCACUUCGCGAUCCAGAUGUCUGCCGCGGCUAUCGCCUGCAGUAGAGGCGCCGCCGCGUUAGGGUUUCGUUGCAGGUCGCUGAUGCGGCUGCCGGCGGCGCAAGUCGGGUGCCCUCGGUCCAAUUUGUCGCUGCUGCAGCGCUUCUCUUCGCAAUUCGUCAAGAGCAACGGGAGUAGGUGUUCGAUUGAUGGGAGGGGGUCUUGGUUGCGCUACAGGUGUUUGUGUUUUUGCUUGUGUAGGUCAGGAGGUUGGAGAAGGAAGGGGUCCCGUCGAAGUAAGCGGAGGCCAUCACAUCAACCAUCACGGAUGUUUGAAUGAGAGCUUGAAGAGUGUCGCCCAGUCCUUUGUGUCCAAGCCCGAGAUGCAGAGCGACACUCUCCAAGCUCUCGUUCAAAAACUCCGUGAUGGUUGAUGUGAUGGCCUCCACUUGCUUCGAGAAUGGAAAUGAAGGGCUCGCAGGUAUGCUCCACUUGAUUGCAUCUCACCCACUGUUCAGUUGUAUCACAAAGAAGAAUGUCGGGCAGUAAGGCAAUAGCACUAUAUGCUUUCAAUCCUUGGAAGCAAGGUAAUAGAUGAUGAAAAUGAGCGGGCUCAUCAAAAAUACUUUUUUUUUUUCGGAGUGUGUCAUGGUUAAAGUGCGUUUCCGUCAGUGUCAGAGAUUAUGUGCAUAAUUGUAGUUGUAGAGAACUUUUAAUUAGCUAAAAAUUAUACAGGGAUAAAGGAAUCUCAGGUUCGCACUAGAAUUAUCAUUAGGAAUUUUGAAAAGAUGGCAAUUUUAACCACUUUUUUAAUAUCUGAAUCUGGUCAAUUCUUCAAAAAAAUUCAACAUGAGCGGAGAAUAGAAGUUGAUAUUCCUAAUCGGUUGGCAAGUUUCCAUGGCCUAUCAGCUGUGGUGUUCUAUGGAGCAAAAGAAAAUAUGGCAAUUUUAACCACUUUUUUAAUAUCUGAAUCUGGUCAAUUCUUCAAAAAAAAUUCAACAUGAGCGGAGAAUAGAAGUUGAUAUUCCUAAUCGGUUGGCAAGUUUCCAUGGCCUAUCAGCUGUGGUGUUCUAUGGAGCAAAAGAAAAUAUGGCAAUUUUAACCACUUUUUUAAUAUCUGAAUCUGGUCAAUUCUUCAAAAAAAAUUCAACAUGAGCGGAGAAUAGAAGUUGAUAUUCCUAAUCGGUUGGCAAGUUUCCAUGGCCUAUCAGCUGUGGUGUUCUAUGGAGCAAAAGAAAGGAUGACAAUUUUAACCACUUUUUUAAUAUCUGAAUCUGGUCAAUUCUUCAAAAAAAUUCAACAUGAGCGGAGAAUAGAAGUUGAUAUUCCUAAUCGGUUGGAAAGUUUCCAUGGCCUAUCAACUGUGGUGUUCUAUGGAGCAAAAGAAAAGACAAUGAGUCUGUAAUGAGGAAGCCCAUGUCAGUUUUCUAUUUCCCCUUUAUUUGAUUCCUAUGACUUCACUUUUUCUUGUUUUGCUACAUUGCCAUUCUCAUAUAUCUGGAAAUAUCACAGGAGACCUUUUUCAUAUCAGUUUAAGUAAUUGAAUGCUCAUUAUAUAUUAGUUAUUUCUAUUGUGAAUUGACAAACUGCCCAUGAAUUUUCGAUACAUCCACUGUGAGAAUAGUUUAAAAUGAGUCUAGAAACUUCAAUCUAUGUUUAAGUUAUCAAUUUAGUUUGGAUAGAUUUGAUCACAAGUCUGUGUGGUAGCAUCAACAAGCAUCUUUUUGGUUAGUAUAGCUAAUAUUGCACCCACAAGUGUUUCUAGCAUUGUUUUUGUUGUGCUGCAAUUUUAUGAAGUGACGCAUAAUGCAUGAAAACUUAUGGCAGACUUCCAGAACUGAUACUUUUCUAGCUUGAAAAAAUUGAACAAUUAGUGCGUAUUUUUUCCACUACCAUUUCCACCAAUGUCAGUAGCUUUGCUGCUACCGAUAUUUGUUAAGAAGUUGUUUUACCAAACAUUUAUUUGAUCAGAUAAUCACUUUGAAGUUAACAGACCUUUUAUGAUUAGACAUAUUGCAAGCAUUUGCAAUCAUUUCCAUAAAUAUUCUUCCAAAAGGAACUUUUCAGAAAUUUUUGAUGAAGACACCCUAAAGUAUUUGUGAACAUGUUGAACUUUUUCAUGCCAUAUUUGAAAUUAGCAGUUUCAACAAGCUUAGUCAUCAAAGCAUGGAAUUAAUAUCAUUCAGUAAAGGUACAUCUCAGUUGGAUUGUGAACAUGUUAGUCAGUCUUGUGAUGUAUCAACUGAUAGCUGAUUUAUCUAUUAUAAUACUACAUGAGGGUAACAAGUUUGUCAAUUUACAGUUCAUUAGGCACUCUGUUCAGAUUCUACUCUAUAUACUCUCUUUUUUUUAAACUUAUAUGAUUGCAGGAUCAUCACUUUGCAUUGCUACAACGAGAGACUGAAAAACUUCGAGUUGAUAUCGAUAAAAUGCGUAGUGAACUUAGAUAUGAAAUUGACAAGGUAACUGCUGGGCAGCGCUUGGAUCUAAACCUCGAGAGAGGCCGCAUACGUGACGAGUUAGCCAAACAAAGUGCAGAAACCACAGAACUUACUACCAAACUCGACAGGGAAAUCCAUGCAUUAAGGGCACAGUUAGAGGCAGCAAAAUACGAUGUCAUAAAGUAUUGCAUUGGUACUCUUGUUUCCAUAUCUGCUGUUGGUCUAGCUGUAGUGCGCAUUCUGAUGUAAAAUCAGCAGAUACGGAAACAAGAGUAUCAAUGCAAUACUAUUACAUCAGAAUGCGCACUUUGAAUUAGAUGUAAUAGUCUUUUGGCAACUUUGAAUUUCCAUCAUUCUUAUUAAUAGUGUUUUGAUGAAGCAAAUUGAAAUCUCUUGUAGCACUCAAUUUAGAUUAUUUCACUUGAUAACAUGCAAUUUCAGUUUUGGCCACCCUUC